AUGGCUACCAGAUAUUUGAAUCCUUCUAUGAUGCAAUCUUUUAAAUCUAUUUUUGUUAAACCUUUGUUUAAAUCUCCUACUACAAAAUUAGCUAUUAGUAGUGUUUUCUUCAAUCGUCCAAGUUUUAACUCUACCCGUUCUUUUGGUUCAACCGGAGCUUAUAAUAGUUCAAACUGGAAUACAAAAUUCAAAAGUAUAAAUGAAAUUGAAGUGGAAGCUCAAUAUUAUGGACCAAAAUUUGACGAUAUGAUAAUCACAAAAGAAUUUGUUGAAGAUAUGAUAGAACAUUUCAAAAAAAAAAAGAAAAUUCAUGAGAAGUAUGCUUAUCAAAUCAUUUUGACGGUCAGAAAAAUGAUGUUAGAAACACCAACGCUUGUUGAUAUAACCAUACCUCAAAAUUCCAAAUUAACUGUUUGUGGUGAUAUUCAUGGUCAAUUUUAUGAUUUUAUUAAUAUUUUCAAAAUUAAUGGUGUACCAUCAGAAACGAAUAUGUACCUGUUUAAUGGUGAUUUUAUUAAUCGUGGUUCAUUUGGUUUCGAAGUUAUAUUGGCUUUGUUUGCUUAUAAAUGGCUUUAUCCAAAGUCAUUUUACCUAACUAGAGGAAACCACGAACAUAUAACAUUAGCAAAAAAUUACGGUUUUGAAAAUGAAGUUAAUACCAAAUAUUCAAAAACAAUGUUUGAGUAUUUUGCUGAAACAUUUGAAACUUUGCCUUUAGCUAAUCUUAUUAACAAAAAAAUUUUGGUAGUUCAUGGUGGAUUAUCUAAUAGUGAUAUCACAUUAGAUGAUAUAAAAAAUAUUUACCGAUUUAAGAGUUAUGUACAAGCUGAUAGUUUAAUGGAAUACUUAUUGUGGUCCGAUCCAAAAGAAAAACCUGGAUGUGAUAUUGGUAAGAGAGGAGGAAUUGGAAUAGGAUUUGGACCUGACAUUACUGAAAACUUUUUGAAACGUAACAAUCUUGAUCUUUUAAUAAGAAGUCAUGAAGUUAAAAAAGAAGGUUAUGAAAUUGAACAUAAUGGAAAGUGCAUUACUAUUUUUUCUGCUCCAGAUUACUGUGGUGUAUGCGGAAACAAAGGUGCAAUAAUUAAUAUUGCUCCUGAUUUGAAAUUAACCUAUAAAACUUUUGAAGCUGUGCCCCAACCAUGA